AUGCUCUCACUCUCGCUGAUGCUGAUCGUACUGGGAGCCGCUGUGGCCAUUGAAGUGCAGAAAUUCGGAUAUCUGUUUAAUCCCCCUCAACCGGAACAUCCGCGGCAUGAGGAGAAACAAGAUCUGAACAAGAUACCGGGAGUGGCUGGCGUAGAUUAUCCUAUAUAUCACGAGGUGCCCCACACCCAAUUCAGCUGUCAUAAUGUCCCCGCCGUUCCGGGAAUGUAUGCGAAUGUGGAGACUGGCUGCCAGGCCUACCACGUGUGCCACGAUGGACGCGAAGGACACCAGGGUGCCAAGUUUCUGUGCACAAAUGGCACUAUCUUCAACCAGAAGGAGUUUGCCUGCGAUUGGUGGUACAAUGUCAAGUGCGAGGAGGCCAUCAGUCUAUAUCACUUGAAUGCCGAUCCGGAGCAUAAUCCCUACUUUCCGAAAAAGAAGCCUGAACUCGAACAUCUGGACCAUGAUGCUGGAAAGUUUCUGAUUCAAGCCUAAUAUACUCUUCACUCUCAUUUCAUCGCGAUGCACAUUUUCCGUUUUGUAAAUAAAACCUUUUUUUUUUGUUUUUAAUCAUCUCGAGGAUGGUCGUUUAUUGGUUGCAGCAAUGUUCCUGCAUUAAGCAGAUACUGGUGAUUAGGAAGCAUGUGCGAGAAAUCU